AAGGACUUGCCAAAGAUCAUUUGUCUAACAACUGUGUCUCCUGGUGUCUGGAUUGGUGGAAGAUGGCAGCAGUGACCUUCUGGGCAACAGUGUUGCUCACUUACGGAGUCUCUACAGGAACUGCAAUGGUAGAGUCUGGGGCUGGGCCCUCGGCUGGGGCAGACGACAUCCUAAAACUGGACAUGGCUCCAAACUCUGUUGACGACAUGUACCAAGGCUGCAAAAAUAAGAUGUACCAGAAGCUCCAAGAAUACCUGGCAAAUGAGAAGAACACAAACCCCACAUUCAAAUGGGCCUGGGAGAGCUCAGAGCAAUGGUACAACAAAAAAUUUAAGAAAUCAAAACCAGCCCUGGGGAAAGACCGUCUUGUAGCUAUUUACUGUUACAUCUUUAAAGACAAUAAAGUGUAUCUUGAUUUCAAUACUGCAGUUCGAACCCAGGCACCUCAGUACAAGACCACAUUUGGGUAUCACGCACUUCACUUUCUCCUAACUGACGCCAUUCAAACUCUCAAAGGAGAAGAAAAUCUCCCUCAGGGAGAGGACGGAUGUGUCACCGUCUACCGCCGUGUUGACAAAACCUUUGACCAAGUCGUCAACACGCAGCUUCGAUUUGGCUCUUUUACUUCAACCUCAAUGGGUCAGUACGCCAACAAAUAUUUUGGAGACAAGACGUGCUUUGACAUUUACACGUGCUUUGGAGCAGACGUCUCCAUGUAUUCUCCAUAUCCAGAAGUACGCGAAGUGCUGAUUCCUCCUUACGAGGUCUUUAAAGUGGUAGGGGUGAAGAAGAGAUCUCAGUAUAAGGAUCUUCCAUGUGAGGUGGAAUAUAAACUCAGGAGUACAAAAACAUUUGUCUCCAAUUUGAAUUGUGCUCUUAUUAAGAAGUAAAGCACUCUCACGUUUUACGUACAGUUAACAAAACGUCAAAUUUAGGAUUUACGACGCCUGUUUUAAAUGUUGUGUUAAUCAAAAUUCAUGUGAGUAUGGAUUUAUUUGUUAACAUUUGAAUGACUCAACAAUAUCACAUUGACUUCAAACACUGAACACACAGAGGUUUACAGCAACAAGUGAUAAAAUUAAUCUCUAAAUUGUGUAAUUGUUAUAUUGGGUCUGUAUUAAAAUGUUAAAAUGAAAAUCAAGAAUUUGUAAAUGGUUUACAAUUGUAGUAAUGCAUUGUGUUAUUGCCUGUAUUACCUGUAUUUAA